AUGACCGAUCCCAUUAUGUUCAGAAGACUAAGUGCUUGCCGGUGCACAAAACUAGUUGUGAUGGUUGCGGCAAUAUUGUGUGUCUUUGCUCUCUAUCUUGGACAAAAUGGUAUCUUAGACCGUUGGCAUUGGUUUUAUCACAGCUGGACUCUGCUUUCCUUCUCACACAGGAUUAUUAUCUUGAACGCUUCAUCUUCCACCAUUCACCAUCCCAUUGCUCCUCCAUACCCACACCCAUAUACGUUUCUAAUUAACCAGCCAGAGAAAUGCCGGUGGCCGAAUCCAUUCCUGGUCCUCUUGGUGAAUGUUGAAAGCUACGAUGGGAUAUCUAGAAAAACGAUACGGGAAACUUGGGGAGAUGUAAGUAACUACAAAGAUGUCGAUAUCCUGAGGCUUUUCCUGGUUGGACAACCACCCGUAAUGACCAGUGCUGUACAGAGGCUGCUGGAGGAGGAAAGUGCCAAGUAUGGUGACAUUAUACAACAAGACUUUGUGGAUACUUAUAAUAAUUUAACUCUUAAAACCCUAAUGGGGAUGGAGUGGGUUAUAAAAUUCUGCCCCAAUGCAAGCUAUGUAAUGAAGAUAGACAAUGACGUGUUUCUCAAUGUGGACUACCUCAUCCAUCAUCUUUUACACCCAGAACUUCCAGCUCGACAAAAUUAUUUGACAGGAUUUUUAGUCUCCUAUACGGGGCCUAUAAGAGAAAAAAUGAGCAAAUGGUAUAUACCAGAGGAACUCUACCCAGGAGACACAUAUCCACCUUACCCUUCUGGCCCCGGUUAUGUAUUCUCAGGGGAUAUGGCAAGGAAGAUCUAUCAGGUGGCACAGGGGAUCCGUGUUAUUAGCAUUGAAGAUGCCUUUAUAGGAAUGUGUUUGUACAGACUGAACAUUCCACCCACCAGGUCGCCAAGAAACAUGUUUCGUGCACAAAAGAUUAAUUAUAAUGCCCGCACGUUUUGUAAUGUGGUCAUUGUUCACCAUUAUGAGAAAGACAAUUUGCGAAAUGUAUGGUUGGACUUCUGGGACAAAAAGACACGGAUGUGUUGAGUGACAAACCACAAAAACAAGGGUAGAAGAAAUGGC